AAUGACCUAUUUACACUUUCACAUGAAACUGGUCACUGUCCAGUGUGGUACGUAAAAAGUGAAUACAAGUAAUAUAUAUUUUUAUUGACUUUAAUGUAUCUGUGUAAAUUUGUGAAUCUGUGCACUUUGAUUUGAUACGAUGAAGAUACACAUCCUCGUUGUGGCGUUAUCGCUCACUCAAGCAGCCUAUAUCAGUCGAAUGACGACUGUGAACCGACAAAGAGUUCCCAUCGCCUUCAGGCCAGGGGUCAACUUGCAGAGGUACUGGAACCAGCAGCUUGUAGCACCGGCCGCAUCGCAGAGAGUACCUUACGUCGUAUACAGGAAUUCACCUCACAGAUUCGCAGUGAAGCACUACACGCCAACACACCGCAACGUGCAUCACGGUUCGUGGAAGUCAACGGCUCGAUUGCCGGCGGCGUCAUCCACCACGGAGUUCGACUUCUUGAGGGCAGCUUCUGCGCCACCCGUCAGCAACAAUGGUGGUGCAAUACACACUAUACCAGCGCCAAACCUUAGUCUUUCGGAGAAGCCAAUAAUCGUUGUUGACGCUUCAGAAACCGUCUCAAACGGUAACACUGUCUCACAGCCGCCUAAGCCGAUUUACGAAGUAACGGAACAAUAUCCAGAGCCAGAAUACCACAUGGCUAAAAUAGAAACUCCCAUAGGAUUUUCAAAGACGAAAGCGUCUUCGAACGCACCAGAGCUGCAAACUUUAAUCAGAGAGGCAGCAGCCCUGCAGGUUGCUUCACAGUACGGCAUUUCGCCAAUCAGUGCACCACAAAACGGACAAGUCAUCCAUCAACAUAUACCAGUACAGCCAUUCAACGGAAUCCCGACGCAACAAGACUUAAUAAAUUCAGGAGCGGAAGGUAUAGUAAUACCUCCAAAUGCCUUAUACCAGCCCGAUCCGAUGUUCUUACAGAAAUUACAAAGUCAGAUAAUACAAAGUUUUCCGUCAGUUGAAUUCAUACCUUAUUCCGCUGAACUUCCACCAGCAAAUCCGCAAAUCGAAGUAAAACCGCAACUAAUUUUAUUGGAAAACGACGAGAUAAAACAAGAGCCGUCCUCUUUUGUACCAAUGUACCAAAAGAAUUUGGUUCAGAGGGAUACUCAAGAAAGCUCUGCCGUUACAUUAAUCCCUCAAGCUAUUGUGGUCUUUAACGCAACAGACAAAACCAAUUUGAUGUCAGCAUCAAAUACAACCGGGGAUUUGAUGGCAGCGGCAUCUCAACCAAUAACAACAACAAUCAAAUACAUUGCUGACCCUAAUAGAGAUCGACUGAACACGACUCCGAUAUUCUACGCCCAAAUAGGACAGAGCAUUGGCGAUGUUAUAGCAAAAGGAUUUUAUUCGGCCAUAAAUGACGUCAGAGCUGCAGCAGCGUUGGCUCAAAUUGAAAAAUUACCGGAAUCUAAUACCAUAGCCAAUACUGCUGAAAACGUUACAACCACAACCGUAAAUCCAAAUUUGGAACCGUACUUCGUGAAAACGAAAGAAGAGGGAAAGGAUAAUAAAACAGUCUCCGAAUUAAAAUCACUACUGGGAAUGCCAUUUAGCAAAACAAGUGAUUCUGUAAACGUGGCUUAUACUCUAUUAAGAAGCGACACUAAAGAGCCAAAAAUGACACAAGAAGGAACAGUGUAUGCGGGUCAGAUUGUCGAGGCCAGUGUAAGUGAAGACCAAGACUUUAAUAACGAGAAAGCAACUUUAAUGUCGAGGAGGGCUCCCAUAAGACUUGUCGCUGUACCUGACCAAAAAGAAACUCCGUCUAAAUCGACUAGUCAACAAGCAUCAACGUUGAGCAGUGGACAAAAAGUAGCUGUAGUCAAAGCGCGAAUACCACCAAAGAGCAAAAUCGUUUUUGACGAUAACACAGGGGAACCCAUUUUGAGGAUAUAUGCAAGUUAUGCCAACAAUCCCACGCAGAAAGAAUCAAUCACAACAAAAUUACAAAGUUUAAAACACGUAAAAGAUGCCGCAACACGUAAAGAGAUUUCGGAGAACUGGAAAUCGCCGACUCUUAAAUCUGUGGACAAAACUCAAGGUUUCGAAGGAAACCAAGUGACGGAAUUCGGUUUGAAAUUGAAAGCGCGUAAUGAUCAGUACAUACCGCUCUUCGAAGAAUAUGAUGAAUAGGUUUAGUCUUGUUUUAGUUUGGGAAGUGAUUCGAAAUACAGGUAACUCUCCUUUAUCACGGUAUUUUACAAGACGGUUCCACUCUACACAAAAAUAAAAUUACUCCAAAAGCCUUUUUUGUUUCAAAACACGCUAUUUCUGCAACACUAUAACUAGAUUUUUGUUUAAAAUUAUUUAGCAAAUUACAUUAUGCACCACCACCACACAGUAUAUGGGAAUAACCAAAAUUUUACUGCUUAUUUUUUGGUUAGCGUGGUAUGGACACGUGAUGAGUAGAAAGAAGAUGCAUGGGACUAUGAGAUGUAUGGAAAUGGUAGUGCAAGGUAGAGGGGGAAGAGGUCGACCGAAGAAGACAUGGAUGGAGUGUGUGAAUGACGAUAUGAGAGAGAGAGGAGUGAGUGUUGAGACGACGGCUGAUAGAAGAGAAUGGAAGAGAAAAAUUAGCUGUGCCGACCCCACCUAGUGGGAUAAGGAAAAAAAAAAAGAUUUUUUAUGUUCAGAAAAUUAUCAUUCUUAGUUAACUGGCUAACUUAGUCUCAUAUAACACGGUUUCGCAAAACACUGAACUUUGUAGGAACGUAUCUACCGUGUUAUAAGGGGGAGUAGUUGCUCGCGAUUCAGUCGAUCCGAAGCUCAAGGAGAGAUCUUAUGCGGAUGUGGCGUGUUUUUUUUAUAAAAUGAGGGUCACCUGUAUCAUCUAUUGAAAUAAUCGAAACAUUAUGUUGUACAUAAACCAUUGUCGGAUCUGUCACACUACACAUACAUACUUAAAUAAGUGUGUAUGUACCGAGACCUGUAUGCUUGGUACAAGUUUUGUAACGUUCUCGAUAGCGUAAAAGUUAACUCAAAUUUGUAUGCAGUUGGAACGUUUGCCGCUAAGGGCGUUGUUCCAACUGCACACAAAUUUGAGUUAACUUUUACGCUAUCGAGAACGUUAAAAAACUCGCACUAAGCACGCUGUUCUACAAAAACCAAUAAACCAGUGGCUUUCUCUGAAAAUCAUUUUGGUCGAAACCUUGUUGAACAAUACUUAAAAUAUUUGAAGUUUAACUCAAAAUAAAAUUUAAAAAAUGUGCAAUCCUUAACGUACCUACGACUAAUAUUUUUUAUCUUGUACAUAGUCAUAAAGUGUUUUGUUUAAGUUUUUAGGUGCAUUUAGAUGUGUUAUUUAUUGUAACGCCAAAUUCUUAUUUAAAUAAAUUUUAAGUUGAUUUUAACAAAA